CUUGAUGUGCAUACCAGGAUGUAUAUCUAUAUGGCUACGUCCCUACUGAAAGGUUAGCUAACGUGUUUGUUUCCCUGCCUUUCUCGCUCAUUGCCAACCUUGACCUUGUUCGACGUCUCGCAGCCAUGGCGUCACCCAUCGAGAAAGUCCCAACCGCUUCGGACGGCAAACCACCCUCUGAUCCUCCAUCCGAUGCCACCUCCGUCCAAGUAGGUGCCGUCGGUGGACUCAUUCUUACCCAAGACGAAUUCCAUCUGGCUACCCUCGGCUACAAACAAGAAUUCAUUCGCUCCCUUGGAUUUUUUCACUCAUGGGCGGCCACAUUCAGCACGAUGAAUUUCAUCUCAGGUAUACCAGUUCUCUUUGGGUUCGUCAUGUACACUGGUGGCCCCAAAGCGGCUUUUGCCAACUGGACCAUGGUCGGCGGCUUCUCGUGUAUUGUCAGCCUCGUGAUGGCAGAGCUUGGGGCGAGUUUACCCACAACAGGUGGCAUAUAUUUCUGGAGUUACAGACUCGGAGGCGAAAAGUAUGGUCCAUUUCUCAGCUGGAUGACUGCGUGGUGGAACUUUGCUGGGUGGAUAUCGGUCGUUCCAGGUGUUCAACAAGGAGCAACCAAUUUCCUCAUCUCGGCGCUUCAGAUAAAGUACCCAGACACGGAGGUCCUAUACAAAGGCUGGUUUUCCUGGCUGCUGACCAGUAUCGGCCUCAUUUUUGCCAUGAUCCCCAACAUCUACAGUCCGAGGCUGCUCCGGCUAUACUUUCGUUUUGCUAUCUUCAUCUUCUUCUCCUUGUUCUUCCUCUAUUGGACCUGGUUCCCAAUAAAGGCAAGUCAACAACAUUUCAACACCAGCUAUGGAGUAUUUGGGCUUUUUUAUAAUGGCAUCAACUUGGGAGAGACAAAGGAGGCCUCAGAUGCCUACUGCUGGGUUAUUUCUGUGCUCUUUGGUGCUUGGGUCUUCUACGGAUAUGAUGCCAGUGCUCAUCUUUCUGAGGAAACCAAACAAGCCUCCGUCGUUGUCGCCCGAGGAAUGUGGGUAUCGGCAGUCUCAUCGUGGCUGUUGUCCGUCCCAACUCUCAUCAUCAUCCUCUUCUGCAUUCAGAACUUCGACGGAAUAAUUGCAGCAACAUAUGCAAACAAUUGGGCUGAAUACCUUAUUCAAUUGAUAGGCGAGAAUGGUGCAGUUGCCAUCCUAGCGAUCCUCUGGGUUGACAGCACUUGUGCCACGGCGAGUUGCUUUCUCUCGGCUCAGCGAGUGACCUACGCCAUCUCACGCGACCACGUCCUUCCAUUUGGUUGGUUCUUCCGCAAGUUGUCUUCUCGCAAGAUGGCUGUCAAUGCUGCUUUGCUGGUCUACGUGACCAGCGUGGCGAUCACGACGGCCGUCAUUGGCUCUACCGUGGCUUUCUCUGCGAUCACCGCCACCGCCACUAUCAGUACCAACUUCAGCUACCUCAUCCCCAUCGUUGCACGGCAGACCGUCGGAAGGAAGGAUUUUGUGCCAGGCAAGUGGAACCUAGGCAAAUUUUCUCUCCCACUGUCCAUCAUUGCGACGAUUUGGAUCAUGUUUCUCUUUGUGGUUUUACUACUGCCUCAACUGUAUCCUGUUGAUCACAACACGCUCAACUAUGCUCCCAUCUGUAUCGGAAUCGUGAGCAUAAUCAGCCUGGUAGGGUGGUUCUUUCCCAAGUGGGGUGCCAUGAACUGGUUUGAAGGGCCGAUAAAGACCAUCACCGAGCAAGAGUUGAGAGGAGCAAAGAUUGAUGGUGGCGAAGCCACUGUGGAAGAGGGCGAUGCGAUGCAAAACAUGACCUUUGGGCAUCGAAAGAGUGUUGCUGAGUAG